AUGAACAAUACAGUUGGAAAAAAAGACGAGGAUGUCAGUUUUGUUUGCACCCCUUUGCAAAAAGAGGUGAUUGUUUCAGAUUUUACCCCAAAUACCCUUCUAACUGUUAUUGCUGGUCCUGGAUCAGGAAAAACUCGCACAUUAUGUUCACGUCUUGCUUAUAUGAUGAGUAAAGAAGGUGGAGGCAUGAAGCCGAAUGAAAUCCUCGUGUUAAGUUUGACAAACAAAUCGGUGGACGAUUUCAAAUAUAGAUUGGGCAAUUUGGUGUCAGAUAAGAUUGCUGCAAAUGCAGAUGUCAUGACAUUCCAUUCGCUUGCAGCAUCUGUUCUGAGAAAGCAGUACAACAAUUGGAGGCUAGUGGAAGAAGAUGAUAUUAAGAGACUUUGUGAAUUUAUUCGAGAUCCGAAAAGAAACAAUAAAUCGUUUCCUAUUAUGCAGAUGAAGGGAUUGAUAGGUAAAAUGCAUGAGAUGACAUCUGAACAAUUUGAUUCAUAUUCGGAUGAAACCUUUCGGAGUGAUUAUGGUGUUUCUAAAAGUCUCUACACCAAGAUACAAAGACUUAUCGGCGCCAAAAAUGCAUUUACCUAUGAUAACAUGCUAAUAGAGUGCAACCGUAUUUUGCGGUCAGAUAAGGUUCCUGAGUUUAUUAAAAAAUACAAAGUUAUCUUUGUAGAUGAAUUUCAGGAUGCUUAUCCAGCGCUAAUUUCCAUAAUCACGGCAUUGAACAAGGGCAGGCAUUUGACUCUUGCCGGCGAUUCCAAUCAGUCUAUUUACGAGUUCAUGGGUGCAUCACCACAAAAGAGUUGGCGGAAGAUUGCUUCAAUGUAUAAUUCAGACAAGAAGCAUAAGAUUGUGUUGAAUCAGGCUUUUCGCUCGACACCGGAACUUUUAGAGCUGUCGAAUAAGGUCUUGGGUAUUACCCAGAUAAAUUUACAAGAAUGUGUGAAAGAGUCUGCCCAAAUAGCUCCAAUAAGAAAAUCCUUCGAAAAUAAAGAAAAGGAGCAUCAGUUUAUGUACGACGAAAUUGCACGCUUAGUGAAUACUUCUCAUGGUCUCAUCAAAUAUUCAGAUUUUGCCAUUUUGUCUGCUACAAACAGAGAUAUUGAUAAUGCCUACAAGUAUUUUGAGGAGAGAAAUGCUUUGUCACGUUUAAAAAGCAAUGAUAUAAUUGAAAUUAAUCGUCUCAACAGCACACCGCGUUGGUUAAGAACAAAUUUGUCGAUGCUACUGCAAUACAUGAAAGUUCUUCUUUCUCCCUUCGAAAACUUUCCAUUGCUUUCAUCCAUAAAUCUGCUUCAUAACGUUGGUGUUGCUACCAUUGACAAUAUAUUUUCAAAUGCCGCCGCUAAAUCAAUGUCUGCAUGGGAAUAUCUUUGCUUCUGUAUCGAUAAUAAAGUGCAGAUUUCCAAGUACAUUAGGGAAUUUAUAUUGUAUGUUCAAAAGGUACGGUCAAGAAUUGAUCUGGAUGAUCCAAAUUCUAUCAUGUUAAACCUAUUGGAGAUGGCUGAGAAAUUUGGAUUGAAAAAGCAGCUUAUUUCUGCAAAGUUAUCAAAACGCCAAAAGGAGGAAUAUCAAGAAUGCUUGAUAGCGAUGCACAACUCUCUCAAACAGUUUUUGAACUUAAAACCUGAAGAUCAGACGCUUCUUGAAUUUUAUUUGAACAAUUUCAGCACACAGUUGUUUAUGAACCCCAAAUCAAAUUUUCUGACCCUUGGAAGCCAGAACAAAGUCAAUUUUUCCACAAUUCACACAUCAAAAGGACUAGAGUUCCCUAUUGUAUUUCUACUAUCCGAAAAUAAUUUCAAUAUAAGCAGAUAUGCAAAAAGAAGGCUCGUAUACGUUGGUAUGACUAGAGCCACAUCAAUGCUUUAUUUCAAUAAGCUGGAUUAUCAAUGGGAACCAGUGAUCGAUGGGCCACUUGGUGCAACAGAUCGUAAUAAAAUGCAUGCACUAUUUAAAGUUCGGAAGGCCACAAGCCAAUCUUCCGUUAAUAAUUACAACGAAUACAAGCCACCGAAAGUAUUUCCUCAUGUUGAAUCCUCUGCGUUGCUUACACAGCAUGAAUCACACAAGGUUCUUUGUACAAAAGCCGCUCCGAAAUUUACAGAUUCAGAUACAUUACAAAGAUUGCUUAAUGUAAUGGGGAGAUCAAAGGCCACAAAAGUUGGAUCUGAUAUAUCAGUAAAGGCUUUAAAGCUUUCAUCUUCGAUGUUGAGUCAUAUUCGAAUUUAG